GCCUUUUUAUGGAUACCAUGCCAAAGAGAAGACGUUUAUGAAGAUCUAUCUGUACAAUCCUCAGAUGGUCAAAAGAGAUCAUACGUUUCCUGUAGUUCUUGACCAGGUUUGCACACACUGCAGCAGGGAUUUUGGCCCACUCCUCCAUACAGACCUUCAGGUUUCGGGGCUGUCGCUGGGCAAUACGGACUUUCAGUCAAUACGGACUACUGUAUUCUUAACCUUGCAAAUAUUAUGGUACAGCUAUAUGGACACUUAAUCAUCAUAGUGUUUUUUGAUGGUAAGUUUACAUACAAUGGUUGAGGUAAGUAUAAUUGAAACUUGGUUAUGAUUAUGGUGGGGAACUAAGUAUAGCCAGUUACAAUUGUAAUGGCUAAGCAGAUUGUUAAAAAAAUAUACAUUUUUACCUGGCUAAAAUAGAAAGAGUUGGGUUGGGGAGAAAAGAUAAGCCAUUCUAGUUAAAUUUGUCUUUUGUUUCUGUUAGUCUUUAGUGACAUGGAUAGAAGUACAGUCUGCUGUCAUUCUGAUCUAAGAAUAUUACUCCUGCUUAUUAUGAAGAAAAAAUACAUCUGUUUAACUUUGUAAACUAAAAGGUGUGUUUAGAAUUAUUUUUGUUGUAUUAAUGCUAUUUAAUCUCUCCUCAUACUAAUAUUAUUCUGUUUGUCCUGUGGGUACCUUUGCCACUGUUCCACCCCUUGUGUAUUGCGCUGUCAUGGUGUAUUUGCCACACAUUUGUGGCCUGCUGGAGGUCAUUUUGCAGGGCUCUGGCAGUGAACCUCCUUGCACAAAGGCGGAGGUAGCGGUCCUGCUGCUGGGUUGUUGCCCUCCUACGGCCUCCUCCACGUCUCCUGGUAGUGCCUCCAUGCUCUGGACACUACGCUGACAGACACAGCAAACCUUUUUGCCACAGCUCGCAUUGAUGUGCCAUCCUGGAUGAACUGCACUACCUGAGCCACUUGUGUGGGUUGUAGACUCCGUCUCAUGCUACCACUAGAGUGAAAGCACCGCCAGCAUUCAAAAGUGACCAAAACAUCAGCCAGGAAGCAUAGGAACUGACAAGUGGUCUGUGGUCACCACCUGCAGAACCAUUCCUUUAUUGGGGGUGUCUUGCUAAUUGCCUAUAAUUUCCACCUUUUGUUCAUUCCAUUUGCACAACAGCAUGUGAAAUUUAUUGUCAGUGUUGCUUCCCAAGUGGACAGUUUGAUUUCACAGAAGUGUGAUUGACUUGGAGUUACAUUGUGUUGUUAAAGUGUUCCCUUUAUUUUUUUGAGCAGUGUAUAUAUGCCUGGAUUACUUUAAUUUUGGUGAAUCUCUUAUACAAUGGGUUAACGUACAGCAAACCCAGGGUUAAAAUAGGAAAUAAUGGUUACUUCUCAGAAAGUAUUAAGAGUUUAAGAAGAGUAAGACGAGGCUGUCCGUUGUCUCCAUUUCUAUUUAUUAUGGCCAUCGGAAUGCUAGCUAUUAAAAUGAGAUCCAACAACAACAUCAAGGGGUUAGAAAUCCAGGGGUUAAAAAUGAAAGUGUCAAUGUAUGCCGAUGACUAAAGUUUUUUCUUAAAUCCACAAUCUGGAUCCCUGCACAGUCUCAUUUAAGAUGUUGAUCACUUUUCUAACCUCUUUGGACUAAAACCUAAUUACCAUAUGAAGUAUUUGAUAAUUAAAAAGACACAAUGUUUACAGUGCCUUAUAUUUAACCAAUAAAAUGAGUGGAUGGGGGAGUAGACAUACUUGAUAUUCAUAUCUCAAAAAAUAUAAAUACAUUUUCCCACAACCAAUUUCAAUAGAAGGUUUGCAAAAAUAGAUAAGAUUCGCAACCAUGGAGAGCUAAAUACUUGCUUAUUUAUGGAAAAAUCACAUUUGAUUAACGAUUUGGUCCUAUAACAGUUGACUUACUUAGUAUGAUAUGAGCAAAAACUUUCACUUUAUUUGGAAUGCUAAGCCAGGGAAAAUUUAAAUGUGCUUAUUUAUAUAAUGAAUGUGAGUUUGGGGGACUCAAAUUAUUAAAUAUUAAAGCAUUAAACCUCACACUAAAAGCUUCACUCAUAAAUAAAUUAUACUUGAACCCAAAAUGUUUUUCCAGUAGAUUAUUAAAAGUUCAUCCUUUGUUCAAAAAUAGCCUUUUUGCCUUUAUACAGAUUACAACUUCUCAUUUCCGACUAAUUGGAAAUUAAACUUCGUUUAAAGCGUCGCCCUUUCUUAAACAAACCAUACAAAGCUCAUUACAAUUAAAAUGUUAUCCUCCAGAAAAGAUAGAACAAACAUUAUGGUUAAACUCAAAUAUACUGAUUGAUAAAAUAAAAAUCUUUAUGGACAUUUUCUUUUAAAUGGUAUAUUUAUUAGUGAUAUUAUGAAUAGAAACGGUGGAGUUGUCACAUAUGCAGCUAUCGCAAAUAUAUGAGAAUGUCUGCUCAAUCCAGAGUUACAACCAAUUGAUUGCAGCAUUACCACAUAAAUGGAGGAGGCAAGUGGAAGAGAGAGACGGUAGGGAAAUUGUCCGCCAUAUAUUAAAGAUACAAAUUGGCUGAAAAGGAUUGGCUUAAAUCGAAAAAUAUACCAGUUUCAUUUGAGGACAAAAAUAUUGACAGCUGCGCCAUACAGGUUGCAAAAUAAAUAGAAAGAGAUUUUUGAUGUACCGAUUCCAUGGCGUAUGAACUGACAAAAAAACAACACUUCAUUCAACACUAAAUACAUUUUUAAAAUGUAAAUUAUUAUUCAAAGGUCUUGCCACCAAAAGAAUGCUAUACAGUGCCUUUUUGAAAGUAUUCAGACCCCUUGACUUUUCCACAUUUUGAUAUAUUACAGCCUUAUUCUAAAAUUGAUUAAAAUCAACACUCAAGACCCCAUAAUGACAAAGCAAAAACAGGUUUUUAGAAAUUUUUGCAAAGUUAUUGAAAUUAAAAAGCUGAAAUAUCACAUUUUCAUAAGUAUUCAGACCCUUUACUCUACUUUGUUGAAGCACACUUUGGCAGCGAUUACAGCAUUGAGUCUUCUUGGGUAGGACGCUACAAUCUUGGCACACCUGUAUUUGGGGAGUUCUAUUCUUCUCUGCAGAUCCUCUCAAGCUGGAUGGGGAGUGUCGCUGCACAGCUAUUUUCAAGUCUCCAGAGUUGUUCGAUCGGAUUCAAGUCCGGGCUCUGGCUGGGCCACUCAAGGACAUUCAGAGACUUGUCCUGAAGCCACUCCUGCUUUGUCUUGGCUGUGUGCUUAGUGUUGUUGUCUUGUUGGAAGGUGAACCUUAACCCCAGUCUGAGGUCCUGAGCACUCUGGAGCAGGUUUUCAGGAUCCCUCUGUACUUUGCGCCGUUCAGCUUUCCCUCAAUCCUGACUAGUCUCCCCGUCCCUGCCGCUGAAAAACAUCCACACAGCAUGAUGCUGCCACCACCAUGCUUCACCGUAGGGAUGGUGCCAGGCUUCCUCCAGACAUGACACUUGGCAUUCAGGCCAAAGAGUUCAAUUUUGGUUUCAUCAGACCAGAGAAUCUUGUUUCUCAUGGUCAGAGUCCUUUAGGUGUCUUUUGGCAAACUCCAAGCGGGCUGUCAUGUGCCUUUUACUGAGGAGUGUCUUCCGUCUGGCCACUCUACCAUAAAGGCCUUGGUGGAGUGCUGCAGAGGUGGACUCCAAUCAAGUUGUAGAAACAUCAAGGAUGAUCAAUGGAAACAGGAUGUACCUAAGCUCAAUUUCGAGUCUCGAAGCAAAGGGUCUGAAUACUUGUGUAAAUAAGGUAUUUAUGUUUUCACUUUGUCAUUAUGGGGUAGUGUGUGUAGAUUGAGGAGGAUAAAUAUGAAUUAAAUCCAUUUUAGAAUAAGGCUUUAAUGUAACAAAAUGUGGAAAAAGUCAAGGGGUCUGAAUACUUUCCGAAUGCACUGUAUGGGGCAUGCAACAUACUCAGCUCUGUAGAUUUUGCUGCGAAGAGACAAUCACUAGAUCAUUAAUUCUGGUAUUGCCCCUAUGUAGCUUGUUUCUGGUCACAGGUUUAGGAAUGGUUAAAAAAAAUCACAACAUUCACUUAAAAUCAACCUUACAAAUAGCAGUGUUGGGUGAUUUUGGAAAGCUGUAGUCAAGCAAUAAAUAUAAUAAUACUCGGAGGAAAGGUUUGUCUUUAGCUCACAAUCUGUGGAUACUAUGCGAUUUGAAAGGUUAAAAAUGUAUGGACAACAGCACAAUUGAAAAAUAUAUGGUACAUUGUGAUAGGUGGGGUGGGAUUAAAUACAGUUGAAGUCGGAAGUUUACAUACACUUAGGUUGGAGUCGUUAACUUGUUUUUCAACCACUCCACAAAUUUAUUGUUAACAAACUAUAGUUUUGGCAAGUCGGUUAGGACAUCUACUUUGUGCAUGACAAAAGUAAUUUUUCCAACAAUUGUUUACAGACAGAUUAUUUCACUUAUAAUUCACUGUAUCACAAUUCCAGUGGGUCAGAAGUUUACAUACACUAAAUUGACUGUGCCUUUAAACAGCUUGGAAAAUUCCAGAAAAUGAUGUUAUGGCUUUAGAAGCUUUUGAUAGGCUAAUUGGCAUCAUUUGAGUCAAUUUGAGGUGUACCUGUGGAUGCAUUUCAAGGCCAACCUUCAAACUCAGUGCCUCUUUGCUUGACAUCAUGGGAAAAUCAAAAUAAAUCAGUCAAGACCUCAGAAAAACAAUUGUGGACCUCCACAAGUCUGGUUCAUCCUUGGGAGCAAUUUCCAAACGCCUGAAGGUACCACGUUCAUCUGUACAAACAAUAGUACGCAAGUAUAAACACCAUGGGACCACGCAGCCGUUAUACCGCUCAGGAAGGAGGCGCGUUCUGUCUCCUAGAAAUGAACGUACUUUGGUGCGAAAAGUGCAAAUCAAUCCCAGAACAACAGCAAAGGACCCUGUGAAGAUGCUGGAGGAAGCAGGUACAAAAGUAUCUAUAUACACAGUAAAACGAGUCCUAUAUCGACAUAACCGGAAAGGCCGCUCAGCAAGGAAGAAGCCACUGCUCCAAAACCGCCAUAAAAAAGCCAGACUACGGUUUGUAACUGCACAUGGGGACAAAGAUUGUACUUUUUGGAGAAAUAUCCUCUGGUCUGAUGAAACAAAAAUAGAACUGUUUGGCCAUAAUGACCAUAAUUAUGUUUUGAGGAAAAAGGGAGAUGCUUGCAAGUCGAAGAACACCAUCCCAACUGUGAAGCACGGGGUGGCAGCAUCAUGUUGUGGGGGUGCUUUGCUGCAGGAGGGACUGGUGCACUUCACAAAAUAGAUGGCAUCAUGAGGCAGGAAAAUUAUGUGGAUAUAUUGAAGCAACAUCUCAAGACAUCAGUCAGGAAGUUAAAGCUUGGUUCCAAAUGAACAAUGACCCCAAGCAUACUUCUAAAGUUGUGGCAAAAUGGCUUAAGGACAACAAAGUCGAGGUAUUGGAGUGGCCAUCAUAAAGCCCUGACCUCAAUCCUAUAGAAGAUGUGUGGUCCGAACUGAAAAAGCAUGUGUGAGCAAGGAGGCCUACAAACCUGACUCAGUUACACCAGCUCUGUCAGGAGGAAUGGGCCAAAAUUCACCCAACUUAUUGUGGGAAGCUUGUGGAUGGCUACCUGAUACAUUUCACCCAUGUUAAACAAUUAAGGCAAUGCUACCAAAUACCAAUUGAGUGUAUGUAAACUUCUGACCCAGUGGGAAUGUGAUGAAAGAAAUAAAAGCUGAAAUAAAUAAUUCUCUCUGCUAUUAAUCUGACAUUUCACAUUCUAAAUUAAAAUAAAGUGGUGACCUUAACUGGCCUAAAACUGAAUUUUUACUUGGAUUAAAUGUAAGGAAUUUUGAAAAACUGAGUUUAAAUGUAUUUGGCUAAGGUGUAUGUAAACUUCCGACUCCAACUAUAGCUUAUGUUCGAUAAUGUAUUACUGUUAUGUUCGGUAAUGUAUUAUUGUUUUGUUCAGGAAUGUAUUAUUGUUAUGUUCGGUAAUGUAUUAUUGUUAUGUUCAGUAAUGUAUUAUUGUUUUGGUUCGGUAAUGUAUUAUUGUUAUGUUCGGUAAUGUAUUAUUGUUAUGUUCGGUAAUGUAUUAUUGUUAUGUUCGGUAAUGUAUUAUUGUUAUGUUCAGUAAUGUAUUAUUGUUAUGUUCGGUAAUGUAUUAUUGUUAUGUUCGGUAAUGUAUUAUUGUUAUGUUCAGUAAUGUAUUAUUGUUAUGUUCAGUAAUGUAUUAUUGUUAUGUUCGGUAAUGUAUUAUUGUUAUGUUCAGUAAUGUAUUAUUGUUAUGUUCAGUAAUGUAUUAUUGUUAUGUUCAGUAAUGUAUUAUUGUUAUGUUCGGUAAUGUAUUAUUGUUAUGUUCAGUAAUGUAUUAUUGUUAUGUUCAGUAAUGUAUUAUUGUUAUGUUCAGUAAUGUAUUAUUGUUAUGUUCGGUAAUGUAUUAUUGUUAUGUUCAGUAAUGCAUUAUUGUUAUGUGAUUACUGUAUAUCAAUCAAAUUUAUAAAGCCCUUUUUACAUCAGCAGAAUUCACAAAGGGCUAUACAGAAAGUCAGCAUUAAGCCCCAAACAGCAAGCAAUGCAGAUGUAUGUAAAAUGUAUAUGUUGCAGAAAAGAUGUAAAACAAAAAAAUAUGUAUCCUCCUAAGAGGAGGGCGGGUAAUUUCUUUUGCGUAUUGUCACAGUAGGGCUGGGCCAUAGGGCCUAAAACUCUAUUUCAAUGUGUUUUCUCUAAAUAAGCUGUGUUGCACAAUUUAAAGGUCAAGUACACUGCAUUUAAGACAGUCAGCAGUACUAUAUUGAAUUCAGAGCUUGUGGAAUUAUACCUAGGCUGAAUAUAUGCCUUCCACAACCAUAAAACCCACUAAUAAUUACAUUAUUUCAUCCAAAUAGUUGUACCUGCUUUUUUUGCGAUAAUAACUGAUUAUCUAGCUUUCAGGUCUGUCUAUAACAAUGCCAGUUAUGUUACAAAUGUAACCAGAACCAUGCAUAUUUCACAUUCAUUAAUAAUGUAGCAGACACCGGUGUCAUAAACUCUAAAGCCCACGCGCUAGUGUGUAGCCAGCUAAUAUUUGUAUUUUAAUCCAAUUUGGAUCUAGGUAUAAUUUCACAAGCUCUGAAUUCAGCUAAAACGCAAAACAGUUGAAUUGUUAUGAACACACCCUUCUGUCCUUGUCCAACUGUUUGAACAUAAUGCUAGCCUGUCCACUUAGUUCACAUGUUGAAAUCAAGUGGCCUACCUUAUUUCUCAGAAUAAAAACAAAUGGCCAAUUCUUUAUAUAAUUGUUUUAUGCUUUUUGCACAUUUUUAAAACACACUAAACAGCUAGUAUAACUAACUUUGUUUGACUAAAAUGUUGCUAGCUAUACGUGGUAGCGUAAAGCGCGCGACAAACAGCAUUCAUUUUCCAGAAUUAAUGUUCAUUGGUACAUCCGUUUUAGUAAUGUCUGCUCUGCUUGAAAUUUGAGGAGUUGAAACAUAAACAGGGUAUGGUUCAAAAGGUUAACUUAUCCUCUAUUACAGUAAAAUAAUAUAUCCAUGUGUUUCGGUGUCCGUAUGACCGAUUUCUGUUGGACCAAACCUCAAAUGCAAAUAGAGGGUUGAAACCGUUUGUCAGAGCGGAAGAAGUGAUCUCAUCUUUGUUGUUGUGAGUGGUGGGAAGAGGGGCUUGGACACAGCGCCAAAAUCUGUCCAAAAUAAGCCCAAUGCAUUUCUAUGCACUUAUUUUUAACCUUAACACGUCGCCUGCCUUUGGGACAACGACUCCCUUUGUUAGGGCGGCAACAUGAGCAUUUUUUCAUUAAAUACAGAUAUCUGGUGUAAAUGGGAAGGUGCAACAUGAGAACAAGCGGACAUAAACGCUCAUAAAAACGAAACAUACAACAAACCUCGAUUCUGCGAUUCAGGCAUUUGGAAUGUCGCGCAAAACAUAAAAUCAAAAUAAUCAAAUUAAUUGUAUGUAUUCCCCAGCCCUAUGUCACGUUAUCGUUCCAGCAACUAGGUCUACAAGGUGAAUGAGAUUUGAAUGGGGUUUUGAAUUGAAAGCAUAUUAGCUCCUGAAUGAAAGAAUCUCUGGCUCAAUCUCUUGUUUAUUUUGUUGUGGAUUUUGGAACACAUUGCUUUUUUACAUACGCAAAGUAAAUGUCUGUGAAUAGCAGCCAAAAUAUAUAUCUAAUCGGGUGUGUGUGGUUCCAGGGUGUGUGAGCUGUUACAAGGAGGUGCUGUGAUGAACAAGAGCUACCAACCCCACGAGGCUCACAUUCCUUACCUGCUGCAGCUAUUUAUCGACUACAACCUGUACGGCAUGAACAUGGUCAACCUGGGAGCCGUCAAGUUCCGCCGGAGCCAGCAGCGCGAAGAGGGGUCUCCCCCAGAUGACCAGGGCUUCCGCAGCAGACCCAGCACCAGACCCUUGAAGAGCCCCUGUACCUCCAAACUGAGUGACAGUACCCUGGGAGGCACGUUUGUCUGCUGGCAGGAGGAUGCCACACCCUGUUCUCUAGUCCUGGAGGAUGUGGAGAAACAGAGUACGUGUGAGCUGGAGGCAGAUGCUGUGGCUGCAGACAUCCUCAACCGUCUGGAGAUAGACAAUCAGAUUGCCAGGAAUCCUGGCCUGCAGGUCAUCUGGGAGGACGAGAAGCAGAGACGACGAGAGAAGAACCAGUCAUCUCAGAUCGAGACCCCACAGUCACAGGAUCGCAGGUUUGUCGCCUCGACGGAAAGCGAGAGGAUCUUCAUGAAGAGAUUCAAGGAGAUCCUGAAGGAGAAUGAGUUUGAUGUGACUCAGUCUGGGUCUGUGGAGGGCGUGGCAGAGGAGCAGGAUCCCUUCCCAGCUGAACUGUCUGUAUACCCUGAUGUCCUGACCCCAGAGGUGCUGCAUUGUACACCAGCUAACCAGGUGGAGGUUCACAGAGACUCUCAGACUGACACUAAAAGGAACUGUGGUAAAGACCAGGGGGAGGCCAUUGUGGACGAAGAAGCCAUUCUGAGUCUGUUGGAAAGCAGCCAGACCUUCCUCCCCCUCUCCCAAAGAUCCAACCACUCCCCCUUACUAGAUAGCAGCCAGAACCAUGCCAUGGUGGACCUGCUGGCAGGCCUGGAGGAUGAUGGGUACAGAGCAGCCCCUAUGAGGCAGAACUCCCAGCAUUCUCUGCCCGGGGGAGGGAGCGCUCACUACAACAGUGACGAGGAGGAGGAGGGGCCAGAGCUAGAGAGGGAGGAGGCAGAACUCAGUCUGAUGAUGUCACAGAGAUGGGACAGCGACCUUCCAGAACAGUCUUCUAGACAGAGACCUGGUGUGAAGGAUGCAGAGGAGAGCUUCAGUGACGAGCCCCAGGAAUCCUCCGAUGAGGAGAUGGAAAGGAGGGGGGACAACUCUCUCUCUGCCAACCUGUCUAUUUCUCAGCUGGACGGCGCUGCGGACGAGAACAGUGAUUCAUCGUUAACGGACAAAGGCUCCAGGACCCACUCGUCCCUCACCGUCACAGACAAGAUCCUGGGGAAGAGGAACCCCUUUCCUGGGGAGACUGUCCACCUGGAGCCCCUGUCCUCCACCAAGCUCCUCCUGGAGUGCAAACACCCUGAACAUAGGCAGGCACACUCACAGGACGCAGAGGAACCAGCCAAUAAGCACUUCCUCGGCCAGGACAGUCACGAGUGCUCCACGGGGUUCAAGGUGAAUAAAGAGAGACCUUACAUCCAGCCGGUCAAACACCCCAUCCCCUGCAAUAUCGCCAACCAGGCUGAGGUUUCUCAGAUCUGUGUGGACAAAAUGGACAUUGUUCGGCCUCUGUACACCUACGAGAAGAAGACGAUGGCUCUGGAGGAGUCAGACCUGGACGUCUUUCCGUUCAGCAACGGGAAGAUCACCCAGAGCAGGAAGAAGUACAGCAGUAUGAAGAACGUUGAGAAGAAUCGUCUGUCCAUCCUGCAGAACCACAGGAGCUUCUCCCUUUGUUACUCUGAGCUGAGGAACUGCCCCAGCACGACAGAUCUAGAACUGGGUCAGAAAGGCUGUAAAAGCCCAAUCUUGAGAAACAGUAUAACCCCAACUCCCUGCCCCAUAGAAGAGGACGAGCUCCUGGCCCCGCUGGAGGGAGAGAUGGGCCAUGACAGCGAGGACGGCAACAUGGGUGAGCUGAAGAUCAGGUACGAGGACUAUCAGGAGAACAAGACUGAGAGGACCAUAGUAGCCCAGCAGGAGGCGCACUAUAAGUUUUUCCCCAGUGUUAUUCUCUCCAACUGCCUAACCAGGCCAGCUAAGAAGGUAGUGGGCAACAAGCUGACCGAUGGCUGUGCUAAGCUAGAGCAGGCAGAGACACGCAGGUCCAGGCUAAAGCUUGGCAAGAGGUCUUUGGCUGCUGCAGCCCAGAAGGCUAAUGCGUACGCUGGGGAAACCCCAGCCUCUGACACCCAAGUCAGCACUGCCUUUAUGGCCAUCACGCCUACUUGUCCAAAGAGCACGGACACCAAGGAGAAGCCAGUCACAGUGGCAAAGUCAGUCGUAGUGGAGACUGGACCAACAGAACCACUGCCAGAAUCCCCUGCCCUGGCCCCUACCCCUCUACCAUCCCCUAUCGCUUCCCCUGCACCGGCCCCAGUCCCUGCCAUUCUGAAUGAGGCGUCUGUGGAGGGCAGGUUGGCCCCACUGCUUGAGCUCCCUGCUAAAGUAACCUGCACCAAAGCUUCAGGUCUGCCUGGCAGCAAGUACACCCUGAGGGCCAAACGCAAGAUGAGCUACGACAGCAGCGAGGAUGGGGAACAGUCGGUAUCCUCUCGCAUUAAACACCCUCUGGCCCUCCGAGGCCGCUUCAAAGAAAACUACGUCCUCAGCACGCAGGAACUAAAGUACCAGAAACGACGGAAGAUGUACAGAAAGGAGCCAAGGGAGCCGCCCAUCAUCAUCAAAUAUAUAAUCAUCAACCGGUUCAAAGGUCAAAAGAACAUGUUGGUGAAGAUGGCCAAGGUGAGUGCUGAGGAGCAGCGGGUGGUGCUGACACCUGACAGAGUGGAGACGUACACCAAAAUGUCACCCAUCAAGACCUUCUGGCCUAAGGUUCCAGAAUCUUGUGCGGUCAGGUUCCCUCUCAGUGAGCCCAAGGCUAGUAAGAAACAGCCCAAACGAAAGGCCAAGGUCAACACCACCACUAAGAAAACAGUCAGCAGUCCACCCAGAGUCCGAGUUAGGCAAGGGGGUGAGAGGCCUAGAAGGACUAGAGGCCUUAGAAAAACCUUGACUCCCUCUCUGCCAUGCCCCUGGCCAUGUUACUGUGAACUGGCCGAUGACCACAUCACUGAGUACACUGAUGUGAUGGUGGAGUUGGGUUAUCUAUCUGAGAGAUCCCUUAGCCCUUUUGAUUCAACCCCACCCCGGUGUUGGUCCCCCACUGACCCCCUAAUGGAAGCCAUAAGUUCUGAUCGGUUGAUGAACCCAUUAAAUGAUCCCUGUCUCACUUUUGUUUGUCAGGACCCCCCCCCAGAGUCCUUAGGCCGAGGCGUGCGGAACCGCAGACGGACUACUAAACCUAGAAAUGUAACCUCUACCAGCCCAAGAAGACGGAUUACGCUUUCAGAGGAAGUCAAAAAGGAGAGCACAGCGAGAAGGAAAAGUACUAUUGGGACUCCAAGGAGGAGAAAGAAAGAUCUAGAAACAGUUGAUGGAACUAGUGUGCGUUGUGUCUGUACUACUACCAUCACCACAAGAACGAGGAAGCCUCGGAGGAAGAAGCAGGCAGAAGAGCCUGAACAGCCCCCUGUAAGAAGCAGAGACUGUGACAGUUCCCAGCACCUCUUCCCGGAGGGUGAGCUGCCUUCUACUGAAUCCUCCUCAGAGGACAUACCACCCUUUCAGAAGCCAGCCAGCAAAACCAGCCAAAUCAUUGACGGCUCCAGCUCUAAAUCCCUAACCCAGUUCUCGCAGUCUAUUGAACCAAAGUCUGAGGACUGUGAAAGCUCCAUCAUGGAGGUGAACCAAAGCUUUGCUCUUGAACUCGUCCAAACGCAGCCCGACCAACCGCAGGGUUGUGCUGUGAAGGCAGACACUACUGCUGAUGAAUGCACAUCCCAUCAGGUUAAAUCACCAACCCGGGUGGGGGACAGAAAGGACGCCCCCAAAGAGUCCCCCCACUCAGGCCUUCGGAAUGGGAAGACCUUACCUGAGGACAUCUCUGGCCUGGCUGUUCUGAAGAAGCUCCAGCAGAGAGGCGGGCAGUGCCUUUCCACUACAACACAGCCCCCUGGCUCCACACCCGACACUGCUGCAGCCAAGCCAUCAAGAGCCAGGAGAGCUCCCUCAACCACCCCACGGAAACCCCGGGCCCCAAGAACUACAACUGCCAACGAGGGGAAACCCAGAAGCAGGAAGGAGAAGGCGAACUCUCAGCCGGAGGUACCUGUGAAGCAAAAGCCCCCCAUGUCAGAUGACAGCCCAGUGUUCAUGUCAGACCCAGGCCUGGACAGCUGUUACUCCAUAGAGGACAGCCUAUCCCCAGAGCUCCCACACAACUACAACUUUGACAUCAACGCCAUCGGUAUCGGUAGCCAGGCAGAGUUCUCCAGCCUGUACAUGGGCAGCCAGUUUGUUCUGACCGACAAGAACCUGCCUCAGAAGUUCCUGAGUGACAUCACCCAGGAGGCGGUACCUGCCUUGGCGCUGAGCUUAGAGAAGAGGCCUGAGGUGCUGUUUGGCUCAGGGGAGGAGCUCCAAGAAAGCUUGUCCGGACCUCUGACUCCUGAACUCUUUGACAAGCCAAAAAAUGGCGAUUUUGUGUCCAAUCAUCGAUCACCUCUGGACUCUGAGAGGUUACCAAGGAGCAGAGAGUGGGGAACGUCUCUGGGCAAACUCCACAGCCUCAGCCACUUCCAGGGCUUUCACUGUGAGAGGAAAGAGCUGCUGUUCUCUGCCUUUGACCCCAUCUUACCACUGCCUUUGAGCUCUGCGUCUUUCGCAGACAACGAAGGGUUGCCGACUGGGGACCUACUGGAGGGGAAUUAUGCUUUUACAUCGACCACACCCAGUAGUUCGCCGCGCUCCUUCAGCUCUCUAUCCCAGGUGAAGGCCAUCAGCCAGCUCCUCAGAGGGACAGGGGGGGGAGCCCACAUCCUCAAGCCCCUCAUGUCCCCUCCCAGCCAGGAAGAGAUCCUCACCACCCUCCUGGACCUGGAGAUGUCUGAGGCCACCUUCCAGGAGCCCUUCUGCAGCAACCCCUUAGACGCCCCAGGGAAACCUAGGGAGGUUGGUGGGCGUAAGCUGAUGGUGGAGACCAAGUUGGCCAAGGAGCUGGCUGAGUUCAACGGGGACCUGUGCCUGGAGGGGCUACAGUUCUGGAAGACAGCCUUCUCUACAAUGACCCGGGCCGGCUCCUCUCACACACUGGGAGCAGAGGACACCAGAGACCAGGCCCAGCUCAGCCCCUCUUCAGCCGGGGACCAGAAGGUCAUCCUGCUGCCUUGCAGGAGUGCCCCCAGGCGGGAACGCGUCCAGCUAUGGCUGGAGGCCAGAAAACAGUAUGAGCAUCUGCAGAGGGGCAAGAGAGACAUGGGAGAACUGGAGAGGGGAAGGUUGGAACAGGUAAGAGACGAGCAGCAAACAGACAGGACUGAACAGCCCGCUCCGUUCCAUUGUUCAGCAUUGGAGGACGAGGAGGAGUUUGAGAAGCUCUCAGGUAUCAGGACUCAGAAGGAAAGGAGGGACGAUCUGUCCCUACAGAUAUCACCUGUUGGGAGGGUGGAAACUCAGAACAGUCCCAGAGGAGUGAAGCCUGUACCGGACAUUAACAUCAGAGACUUUGGUAAAUCCAUCUCUCCAGACUCACCAGACCUGCUGCCAUGGCAGGAGCCCACGCAGCCCAGUCCCUCACGACCAGACACAGUAGAGGGAGAGAGGAGAGGGUCAGAUCGAGGGUUACCCCUGUCCCACAGGCUCUGCACCUCCCCAGAGAGGAGAGAGGAGAAGCACUUCCUCAGUCCCUCUCCCUUCCCUUCCAUGAAGACCCGGGGGGACAGGGAGUGUACCAGCUCCCAGCUCCACAGCACCCCAGUCCUUAGGCGACACAAAGGCAGGGGUGAGUCGGAGACUGUGUGCAGUACCCCUGUGACUGAAGACGCAGAGUCCACGUCUCAGAGACUGCAGCACAGGAGAGGGGAACACACAGACACCCUGAGGAGAGUGCUACUGACCACACAGAUGAAGAACCAGUUUGCUGCUUUGAACGCUCCAAAGAAAGACAACUCUCAGAUUGAGGGCCCCAGCAUCAGCCAUUCAUACGGAUUCAAAGUCAGCAUGCAGAACCUCCAGGACGCUAAAGCCCUGCACGAGGUGCAGCACCUGACGUUGAUGAGCAUGGAGCUUCACGUGCGGACCCGGCGGGACCUGGAACCCGACCCAGAGUUUGACCCCAUAUGUGCCUUAUUCUACUGCUUCAGCUCUGACGCACCUUUACCUGACUCAGACAAGACCCAGCUGACUGGGGCCAUCGUGGUAGACGAGGACUGCCAGGAGAGUGGCCAAGGUGUCAGAGGAACAGCGCCCCUGCUGGUAAGAUCAGGUGUCUCAGGACUGCAGGUCACCUACGCUGUGAAUGAGAAGCAGCUGUUCCAGGAAGUUGUCACUAUCAUGAGGAGGUUUGACCCAGACAUCCUGGUGGGCUACGAGGUCCAGAUGCGUUCCUGGGGCUACCUCCUCCAGCGGGCAUCAGCACUCAGUGUGGACCUGUGCCAGCAGCUUUCCCGCGUGCCAGGUGACGCCAAAGAGAACCAUUUCGCAGCAGAGAGAGACGAGUAUGGAGCAGACACCAUGACAGAGAUACACAUCAUCGGACGUAUCGUCAUCAACCUGUGGAGAAUUAUGAAGACUGAGGUGACAUUGAACAACUACAGUUUUGAGAAUGUGGCCUUCCACGUCCUGCACCAGCGCUUCCCCCUGUACAGCCCCCGCUCCCUGUCAGACUGGUUCGACCACAACACUGACCUGUACAGGUGGAAGGUGGUGGACCACUAUGUUAGCAGGGUGGGCGGUACCAUGCAGCUUCUCCAGCAGCUUGACAUCAUCGGCAGGACCAGCGAGCUGGCCAGGGUGUUUGGGAUCCAGUUCUAUCACGUGCUCACCAGGGGAUCCCAGUACCGUGUGGAGUCCAUGAUGCUGCGUGUGGCCAAGCCCAUGAACUACAUCCCCGUUACGCCCAGCAUACAACAGAGAGCCCAGCAGAGGGCGCCACAGGGCAUCCCGCUGGUCAUGGAGCCCGAGUCGCGCUUCUACAGCAACUCUGUGGUGGUGCUGGACUUCCAGUCGCUCUACCCCUCCAUCGUCAUCGCCUACAACUACUGCUACUCUACCUGCCUGGGCCACGUGGAGAGCAUGGGAACGGCCGAUGAGUUUAAGUUUGGCUGCACCUCCCUGAGGGUUCCCCCUGAGCUCCUCUAUCAACUCCGCAAUGACAUCACCGUCUCUCCCAACGGCAUCGCCUUUGUCAAGCCCACGGUGAGGAAGGGGGUCCUGCCCAGCAUGUUGGAGGAGAUCCUGAACACACGGUCCAUGGUGAAGCGUUCCAUGAAGACCUACAAGCAGGAUAAGACCUUGAUGAGGCUGCUGGACGCCAGGCAGCUGGGACUCAAGCUCAUCGCCAACGUCACCUUCGGCUAUGCCGCCGCCAACUGCUCUGGACGCAUGCCCAGCGUAGAGGUUGGUGACAGUAUUGUCCACAAGGCCAGGGAGACCCUGGAGAGAGCCAUCAAGCUGGUCAACGACACCAAGAAAUGGGGAGCCCACGUUGUGUACGGUGACACAGACAGCAUGUUUGUCCUGCUAAAGGGAGCAACUAAAGAGCAGGCUUUUAAGAUCGGCAACGAGAUCGCAGAGGCAGUGACUGCUACCAACCCUAAACCUGUCAAGCUGAAGUUUGAGAAGGUGUACCUGCCGUGCGUGCUCCAGACAAAGAAGCGCUACGUGGGCUACAUGUACGAGAGCCUGGCCCAGAAGGACCCCGUGUUCCACGCCAAGGGGAUCGAAACUGUGCGCCGAGACGGAUGCCCUGCUGUUUCCAAGAUUUUGGAGCGUUCCAUCAAGCUGCUGUUUGAGACGCGGGACAUCAGCCAGGUGAAGCAGUUUGUGCAGCGUCAGUGUGGGAAGGUGCUGGAGGCCAAGGCCAGCAUGCAGGACCUGACCUUCGCUAAGGAGUACAGGGGCAGGAGCUCCUACUGGCCAGGGACCUGUGUCCCUGCUCUGGAGCUCACCAGGCGUAUGAUGGCCUAUGACCGGCGCCUGGAGCCGCGGGCGGGCGAGAGGGUGCCCUACGUGAUUGUGUACGGGACGCCGGGUGUGCCCCUCAUCCAGCUGGUGCGGCGGCCCUUAGAGGUGCUGCAGGACCCGAGUCUGCGCCUCAACGCCACCUACUACAUUACCAAGCAGAUCCUGCCCCCGCUGCAGCGCAUCUUCCAGCUCAUCGGCGUGGACGUGCUGAGCUGGUACCAGGAAAUCCCCAGGGUCCAGAAGGCAUCGUGCUCCACGGUGGCUGAGAGGAAGGGGACCAUCUCCCAGUACUUCACCACGCUGCACUGUCCUGUGUGUGACGAGCUUACCCAGCUAGGGGUGUGUACCAGCUGCCGGGGCGAGCCCCAACGCGUGGCCAUCACUCUCUACCAGGACAUGCGGCUGUGGGAGAGCCAGCAAGAUCAGCUGCUACAGAUCUGUAGGAACUGUAGUGGCAGUGUGGAGCGGCAGGUUCUGUGUGUGUCUCUGGACUGUCCUGUGCUCUACAAGCUGUCCCGGAUCAACAGACAGCUCUCCAAGGUGCCCUACCUCCGGCAGCUCCUGGAGCAGUUCUGAUUCUGAACACGUCCUGGCCUACUGCUCUGCUAUUCUGGUGCUAAACCAACGCGGUCUCAUCCAGCUCAGUGUUUCCUUGUCUUUUCCUUUAAAAGGUGCUUUGAUUUGUUCUCACUCGCUCAGUUUUCAUUAGCUGCUAUUGGUUGGUUGUGCGUGAAGCUGAUGUUUUUUCUUCAGGUGAUCUCGUCUGUAUCAUAACGAUGGCAUUGACUCUGAUCGAAGAGGACCUUACCGUUUUAUUCUGUACUCGCUGUAGCAAUUUGUAAAUGCAAGACUUGUAAGUCUGAACGGUAUUCCUAAGGAGCUCCCGACGAUGCGAAGAUUGACUAAAGAAACCACUGUUUAACUUAAUUUCCCUUUUUAUAUCAAAUAACAUUUUAUAAAUAGUUAUUGUACACUACCCAUCUGAAUUCUCUCUGUGCAUCAGCAUUAAAAAAGGAAAGCUCUAAUCACAGUGGACAAAUCAACUAGCUAGUUUUUAUUCAUUCUGUUUGUGUGCCAUGGUAAUACCUUUUUUUCUGCCUCGAUUGUAUUUAUGUCCAUUUUGGCAAAGCAUUAUCCUUAUACUCCGAUGCCUAUCAAAAGAGGAAAUGGAGUAUUAAUUUCAGUUUUUACUUCUGGGACUGUUGCAAUACUGUAUUUUGAUAAUUUAUGGCAAGAGUAUAUUAUUUCCUUAAGCUUCUUUUUUUUACUGCGUUCUCCAUGUUAACAGCAUAUUUCAUCUAACCAUGUCGAGAUGGAUUCUAUUGUUUCCCAAAACAACUAUACACAGGAUCUGUGGAUUUGUAUAAAUGUAAAAACAAAAAUAUGAAGGAAUUUUUUUUUUCGUUUUUAAUGGACAUUGCUGUGGGUGCAGGUUGAAGAUUGGUUUAAUAAAACUCCAUGUAUUAGUA